AUGGCUCCCGACAAUUCAAUUGCUCCUAGCAACUAUUCCGAGCUCUUGAAAUGCGUAGAAAUCGACGAUCGAGAGAGCCCUGCCAACGCAGGCGACUGGCGUAAAGAAGUGGGGGAAUUCUUGGGCCUCUCCGACCCGGCGGCUAUGCGCCUGAGCGACAUGACGCGAUGGAAGAUUGGCCCUAGAAUGGCGAGCCCAUCUGGCUCGAAGCUCAUGUACGAACAUUUUCUCCAUCUCAGAGCUUUUGUACAGAACCAUCGCCCUUUCGAAUUCGACUUGCACCAAUUUGUUGACGACCAAUACGCCACCGCCGCCUCCCGGCUUCUUGAGAAAGGUGCCUGGGAAGACUUUGACCACUACAGGAGGUCAGUAGGGAAUUCUGACCCGGAUAUUCGCAUCCUAGGGCAGUUUGCCUCCGCGAAAGUUGACCAGAACCACGUUCUCAUCGAUGCUUAUGGUGGUAACGGUUUGGGUCACGACGGAGAGGAAAAACAGUUCGUUGGUGGCACCCACGAAGAUUCUGAGGAAACACCAUCUAGACGAGCCUCGACAAGGUUUCUUCCGAUGAAGCCCGACUAUAGAUCGCCGCCAGGUGACUGCGAUGCCGCCGACGAGGCUAUUGUCAACAAAGCCAUGGCCGGAUUUGCGUCGAUUCUGACCCGGCCAUUCACCAAGGAGUUUGCGCGGGCUCCAGAUAGUCCGAGCAGAACGCAGGUCGAACUGGAACCCACCUACGAUCAAGUGAGGACGGGCCUUGCAAGAUGGACUAUCGAGAGGAAUAGGUUUCACAUCAAGGAGCGCCGGAGAGAAAAUGACACGCGCCAAGCUCGGGCAGUAACCGAUGCGAAAUGCAAACCAGGCCAGCACUUCAAAAUCCUGGAGACCCAGACAGAUGGGCACCUCUAUUCUUUAUACGAGACUCUCGCGCUCAUGGAAGUCAAACGCCGCACACGGUACAAAAGCGCAGUCGGCUGGAAGACAAUUGAGUGGCAAGAAACUGCCGAGAUUUUCGCCUGGCAGAACAACUGUCUUCGAACGGAACAAGAGCAAGGCAAAAUGGACGUGUCUCGACGAUUCCUGAAACCCCCGACUGAGUCCAACCGCAAAAGAUGCCUUCUCGUAUCGCAAGAUCGCGAAGAGUGCUUCAUUAUUAUUGGAGAGUUUGAUGCCUACUGGGAAUACUACUGUGUUGAGGGACUGCUCCCGAACAUCACCUCCGGCCCAUCCGCCCUCAGUACAAAACUAGGGGACUUGUAUUUGGGCAACGAGGUGUUGAAGGGCGCAGAGCACUCCAAGGGCACUGAGAGGUUGAAACGCGACGGGGGUGGUGGCGCAGAGAGGUUGCAAGGCGAUGAAACACUGAAACAUUAUGGACUGGAUGGCUGUCCCGUCCCUGGGCCCGACGACGGCUUUCUGGCGGUCCACGUUUACGGGCCGUUCUUGACCACUAACCAAGAUCAUAUGGUGGCUCUAAGCGCCAACCUACUUGGUAUGACUAUGCAUCUAGCCGGCGUAACGCGCGAGACCCUUGGGUAUUUCGAACAGAAGGCUCGGAGCAGCGUUAAAGAAUACAAGGCAGGCCGCACAAGCUCGGGCAGCUCGGGGAGUGGGACAAGUCAGGGAAGUGAGGAUAGCCUAUGGGUGCAGAGAUCUACUCUGUUCUCCUGA